CUGACUGCAACAGCAGUAGCCCCGCCCACGGGGCCCGGGGAUCUUCGUGCGCCGCGCAUUCUCCCCUCGCUCCGGCGCGGGCACUCCCGUGUCGUGUCCAGCAGAUUCCCUUCCCAGCUCCUCCCAGCCCCGUGUUCUGUCCACCAGAUCUCCUUCCCAGCUCCUCCAGCCCCGUGUCCUGUCCAGCAGAUCCCCUUUCCAGCUCCCCCGCUCCGCCAGCCCCGUUCCCUGGUUCCUCCUGCACCGCUACCCUUGCCGUCGCUUCCUCCGGCUCCUCCCGCUAAAGUGCAGAGCAAAGUCCGCGCGGCCUUGUCCGUGUCAACCUCGUCUCUGUCUCAACCUCGUCUCUGUUUCUACGUCUCUGCCUUAGUAGCAACAUCGUCUCUGUUUGAACCUCGUCUGCUUCAACCUCCUCUCAACCUCAGAGAUCGGGGCGCGCGAUGGCCCAGCGGAGACAGUGAGGUGCAGCUUCAGCACUUGGGACCGACUGGGGAGGCGCCGCCGCCGCCAUGCACUUCUCCAUCCCCGACACGGAGGAGUGGGCGGGCGAGGCGGCGCGCUUCGUGACUUACAACAUCCACGUGAAUGGCGCAUUACACUGCCGCGUGCGCUACAGCCAAAUGCACGGCCUGCAUGAGCAGCUGAAGAGGUGUUCAGGAGGUGGAGUGGGGCAGAUGUUCCCCCCUAAGCGACUACUGCCACUAAGCUCUGCCCAGGUGGAACAACGGAGAGAGCUGCUAGAACGCUACAUCCAGGCGGUGAGCCAGGACCCAGUGCUGGGCACCAGUGAGGUAUUCCACAGCUUCUUGAGGAAAGCUCAACAGGACACGCAGCAGGUGCCCUCGCAGGCAGUGCAGCUCCAGGUGCUGCUGGCCAAUGGGCAGAUGGUGUCUGUUCAUGUGGAGAGCACUCAUCAAACCGACGACAUCCUUGAGGCGGUGGCUGCCAAGCUGGAGCUCCCAGAGGAGCUGGUCCAUUACUUUGCGCUGUUCCUGGUUCGUGACCGGGGAGGCGGAGCGUUCUCCUUCAUCCGCCGGCUGCAGGAGUUUGAGCUGCCAUACAUCUCUGUCACAAGCCUCCAGAGCUUGGACUAUAAAAUAGUUCUCCGGAAAAGCUAUUGGGACACGGCAUAUGAUGAUGACAUCAUGGAAAGCAUAGUGGGUCUGAACCUGCUAUACAUUCAGGCGGUGAGUGACGUGGAGAGAGGCUGGAUUGUGGCCAGCAAGGAGCAGCUUCAACAACUAAAGUCUCUGCAGGACAAGGGAUCUAAAAAGGAGUACAUCCAGUUUUCACAAACUCUCAAAUACUAUGGGUACCUGCAGUUUGACCCUUGCAUAACGGAUUUCCCGGAGAAAGGAUGCAAAGUGAUCGUUGCUGUGGGGAACAAGGAGUUGAACUUCCGCGUGCUCCUGUCAAGUGACCAGGCCAAAGAGGGGAGCUUCAAGGUCACACGUAUGCGAUGUUGGCGAGUCGCGUCAUGCGUGACAACUGCUGCCCGACACGGCGCACCCAGCCAGGUUGCUGCAUCCAAUGGGUUGGUCAGUGCCCCCCCUCUUUCAGCCACCCUUCGGGCCACCACCUCGCCAGCUGAAGUUCGACUUGAACUUGCCUUUGAGUAUCUCAUCACCAAGGACAAACUACAGUGGAUCAGCAUCUCCAGCCAGCAGGCUAUUAUGAUGAGCAUCUGCUUACAGGGCAUGGUGGAUGAGCUCAUGAUUAAAAAGUCAGGAGGAAAGAUUCGCAAGGCCAGACUUGUUGAGAUGCGUGAGGAAAAGAACCGAGGCUUCAUGCAGUGUCAUUUGGUGCGGCCGCAGAUGAAGAGAGGACGUCUGAGCAGCCGGGUGGAGUUCUCGAACAAACAUUCUCCUCCUCAAACGUCCCCAGAAUCUGCAAAAGAACUCCCCACGGUCAGAGUGUCUAGCAAGUUGUCUUCUAUGUCGCUGCGUGGCCUUGCGUGCUCAGCCUUGGUUGGCGGGUUGGCAAGCAGAGGGAGCCAAGUGCGUGGAGGAAGUGGCGAUGGCUACUUGGAAAAUGAUGCCUUUGAGGGGAUUGGGGAUGAUGACCUGUGAAGAGGCAUCGUCUCAAAGCCGACGACGAUCAGGCAGAUCGGACAAGCUGGCUUCAAUGUUGAUAUGCCUGGGAUCACAUGCUGAAACCCACGUUUGCAUGAGAGCUUGCAAUAAGAUAUUUAAAACAUUAAUAUUUUUAUGACAUGUUUUAUAGGAGUGGGAACAUGACACGAACGUUCACAGGUCCCUGUAGAGUAUAUGAAAGUGUGUAUGUAAACGGGAUGCAAGAAUGGCUUUGUGCCCUUCUGCUGCCGCUACCUUUAAGCCUGAUGGGAUCACAGAUAUAAUGUGUGUACGUAUUAAAGUACGUAUUAAAGAGUACAUAUUAAAGCCGGGCAACUUGAUAAUUGGGGGUUAUGAACAUCAAUUCAGAAUUGCCAGAUCGGGCUUCCAUCACUGCUUGUAAUGUCAGACCCCAACAAAGUUAUUUUGAGGUGCACGUGCUGCCUUGCAUUGGCAGAUGUGAGGUUUUUGUUCUUCCAAUGACUCUGCAGUGCAAAGCAGUUGUAUGACUUAGAUGCUGUUUUUCAUCUGAAAAAGAGCCCAUACAAUGUGGCUGGUAUUACAUCCCAAAACUAUGAUAUUACCUGGAUAAACGAGCGUCAAUAAAAACGAAUCUGGAUUGUCUGCAAAGCAGUGCCGCGGCGUUGUUAUAUGUUGUGCUAAUCCUGGCCCUCGCAGUGUGACGGAGUUGGCAAUGAGAAGAGUCGUGUCCCACUAACACUGCAGAUGCGGCACUGCCCAAUUCAUCUGACAAGUACCUUUUGAGCAAAUCAAUCGUAGUUCUGACAGCCAUUAUGAAUCUCUGUAGAGAUAUCCAGUACCUGAGACGCUAAGCUCGGAUACCCUAGUAAUGGUUCACAUGGCCCGUUAUUACUUUCCUGAGAGAGAUCCACGCCUGGGAUUAUAAUAGGAUUUCCCUGUAGUGCUGGACGCGUGCCGAAGAUGUUUUCUGAAAUAGUGUGGGUGUGCAUCCGUAGCCUAUUUCACUUCUCUUGUUGCCACAUGUUGCGUUGAGGUGUGCCAGUCGCCUUGCUCAGUGUUGUGCCUUACAUCGCAGUAUUAUUGAUCGCUACAUAUCACUGCCAUCUGUUGCAAACGAAACUUGGGGCUUCGACAUUUGUUGGGAUCAGGCAAGCAUCCGUUAGUGCCGGCUUCCCCCGUGCGGGAUGGCUCAGGGCGAGGUAUGGAGCCAAGGGUUGAUGGUGACAACGUCGAGGGCUGGUUGUGGUCGAGGGAAGGGAGGUUGGUGCUAAGGGAGAGGAAUUGACGUACCAUUUCUCGGCGCCGCGUUGGCGUUCGAUGCUUAAUUUGACUAGUUACAUUUAAUGUGUUUCAUACAGUUAUGCUGUUGCUGAUGUAGCUGUAAUACUUAGUCAAAAUAAAUUGUUAGUAUUUUAAAAAA